UAUAUUUAUUUUUUAAAUUUUUUCUAAAAAUGAAGCACAAUUAACAACUCCCUAAUGCCCAUUUAAGAAAACACUGGACAAGAUUCGUAAAGACAUUUUACAAUCAACCAGCUGCCAAGAGAAGAAGAUAAUAAAGAAGAUAAGCUAAUGCAUUAAGAGCUUCUCCAAGACCAGUUGAAUUACUUAGACCAGUCGUAAGAGGAUAAACAAUCAAAUACAAUGGAGUAUAGAAAUUGGGAAGAGGAUUCUCAUUGAUUGAAUUGAAGGAAGCAGGUCUUAAUGCUUAAUUCGCCAGAACCGUAGGAAUUGCAGUUGAUCACAGAAGAAGAAACAAUAACUAAGAAGAAUUGGCAGUUAAUGUUAAGAGAAUCAAGGCUUAUUUAUCUAAAUUAGUCUUAUUCCCAAGAGUGGCUGGCAAACCAAAGAAUGGAGUUGUUAAAGACUCAGGAAAUGAUGUUGUAGCAUAACCAGUGACAUAAAAUACUAAUCCAGAAGUAAUCACAUUCUAAAGAACUCCAAAGAGAGAGAAAGCCACAGUAAUCUCAAAAGAAUUAAGAGCUAAGAGUGUUUACAGAAGAUUAAGAUAAGAUUGGUAUAAUGCUAAAUUCGUGGGAGUCAAGGAAAAGAGAAAGCAAGCUAAAGAAACCAAGAAAUGAGUAGAGAUAAUAAAGUGUACAUUUACAAUAAAAUAUUUAAAAUAAUCAAUUAA